AAUUGAAUUUGUAUUUUUCUCAUGGCCAGGAGAGGAGGGAUAGGGGAGGGGGAAUCCCACCCAUCCUCCCGCCCUCUGGAUAUCUAUAUCUCUCUAUUUUAAUCUCUUGAAGAUGCGGUGAGUCAUAUCAAUAUGAACAAUACUAACCCCGUUAGGAAAUUACCCAUGAAAUACAUCUGUAUAUUGAUAUUAACAAUCGCCCGAACAUCUGAAAACUAUAGUAGGUAUUGAAAUAUGGCUUAUGUUUGUUUUUCGCAGUUGUUGUUUUUACUAAAAAAACAUGUUAGAAAUACUGCAAGUACUCAACGCGAAAAACAUAACGCAAAAUUGUUAGAAACAGUUUUACUUCCAAGCACACCACGUACAUAAUAAUUUAUUCCACGUACAUAUUUUUAAUUGCAGUAUGUUUUUAAGUAGUUUUACAGUACUUUUGUGUUUUGCAUGUUUUAUUGGGGAAAAUGAUGCGUCAAUCGAGACCAAUUCAACGGAGGUUGUGAUUCCGAGCGAGGAUGUGAACGAUGGAUGGCAUGAGAAAUUUCAUAUGUACGACCAAAACAAUGAUGGUUUGAUCUCCGCAAUGGAACUACAGCAAAUGUUAUUCAAAGAGUCAAUAGGACUCGUUACUAUUCGCCAAGCAAAAAGAUAUAUAUCUUUAUUGAAUAGAGACGGUAACGUGCAAAUUAAAUUAGAAAAAAUCAAACCGAUAGUGGAUAUUAUGACAGAGAAAAAUACAUCGAGUGUAGUGGAUGAUGACUGUCCAUUCAACGAUGAAGACAAUUUUCCGGUAGCAGCUCUUCAGGCAAUACUGUUUAAAGAAUGUAAACAGAACUUUUUCAACGCGCUAGACGAAACUAAAGAAAUAACUAACCUUAUCGAUCAAGACGGUAGAAAUGGUCAAAUUGAUUGUGACGAGUUCCAGGGAGUAGAAUUAAUGAUGGAAGCUUCGUUAAAGUUGCACAUUUUAUGUGAGAUGUUUACUGUAAUGGACAUAAACAAAAAAGGCGUUAUUACCGCUGAUGUGAUUGCUGACUUUUCAGACUUUGUACACUCGAAAUUGGCCAAAUCCCAAGAAGCCAAAAAAGCCAUAGAAAACUUUGAUAAAAACGGCGACGGUGUGGUGGAUUUUUCCGAGUUUUUAAAUAAAAUCGUUAGUCUUAGUAAAGUUGAAUUUACUUUACUUGACGAAUUCGCCAAGAAGUUUGUGCUGGACGACAUUUAGAUUAAUUACUUUAGAAUAAUGUUUUAAUUUAUCACUAGUAUAAUUUUUUAUUAAAACAUUUCUUUGUUGUAUUGCAAUCCUUUUUUCAAAUUCCAUUAAUUAAAUACAAAAUUAU